AUGAAGACAAACACUACACAGGUUUUAUAUUUCACUCUGAGUGCCUACUUUGACACUGGGCUUUUAAAAUAUCUCUAUUUCAUGAUUGUUAUGUGUUUAUAUAUUCUAAUUCUUUGUGCUAAUGUAUUUCUCAUCGUGGUUAUCUGUAUGAACAGGAGCUUACAUGAACCUAUGUACAUGUUCCUGUGCAGUCUGUUUGUAAAUGAACUGUAUGGUAGUUCAGGGUUGUUUCCGUUCCUUCUGACUCAGAUUCUCUCUGACAUUCACACUGUUUCUGCUUCUCUUUGUUUCCUGCAGAUUUUCUGUGUGUAUUCUUAUGGAAACGUAGAGUAUUUCAAUUUAGCUGCCAUGUCUUAUGACAGAUAUCUUGCUAUCUGUUGUCCUCUACAGUAUAACACUCGUAUGACACCUAAAACAGUUGCUGUGCUUAUUGCUCUGACAUGGAUUUUCCCCUUUCUUGCGAUUGUUGCACCGAUCUCACUGAGUGCUCCUCUGCAGCUGUGUGGGAACAUCAUUAACAGAGUUUACUGUGGAAACUACGCUGUUGUUAAACUUGCCUGCUCUGACACCAGACUGCAUAACAUUUACGGUCUCUUUUACACUUUCAUCUCUGUCAUCGUGCCUCUAUUUUUAAUCAUCUGCACUUAUGCUGAGAUUCUUAAAGUUUGUUUCUCUGGUUCCAAACAGAACCGACAGAAAGCCGUCAGUACCUGCACUCCUCACAUCGCCUCUCUGCUCAACUUCUCCUUUGGCGUUUGUUUUCAGAUCUUACAAAGCAGGUUUGAUAUGAGCAGUGUUCCUGAUGUGUUGGCCAUUUUAUUAUCACUGUACUUCCUGACAUGCCAGCCUCUCUUUACUCCGCUGCUGUACGGGCUGAAAAUGUCCAAAAUAUGCAACAUAUGUAAGCGUUUGCUGUGUGGUGACAUGUCGGUCAUCAGCAGACGACGCACCAAACAGCAACUACUCUCGCUGCUACGCCACCUCAACUACGCCAUGCCAGGUUGA